CUCUGGACUUAACUGGACUUACCAUGGAUCAUUCGCUGUUUGGUUGCCUCCGUAGCCCUCACGCUCCUUCACAAGGCCUGCACCCAUAUCUGGACCUCCCCAGCCCCUCUCCUCCCUGUGGGUUCCCUGGAGGAGGAGAGGACAACGGGACAUUCGGCAACCACCCUGUCCCCCUAUCCCAACACCAGGGUCCCUCGGGCUGGCCUCCUCCAGCACACAUUCAGUCGCCUACAGCCCAGCAUGGGGUGAGCCUCCCAGAGAACAGCCCAGAACAGUGCUCCGGGGUGGGGGGUACUCCGCAUGGCAGUGACCCCACACAGGGGUCAUGCGUGUCGGGGGAGUUUGGCCAACACAGUCUGCCCUCUGAAGAGACGGAGAGGAGGACCAAAGCCAAGAGCGAAGUGUCAGAGUCCCAGGACGGGAGCUUCAAGGCGGACAUGAGUAGCGGUAAGCCCAGGAAGGAGCGCACGGCCUUCACUAAGGAGCAGAUCCGGGAGCUGGAGGCUGAAUUUGCGCAUCACAACUAUCUGACGAGACUGAGACGCUACGAAAUCGCCGUCAACCUGGACCUCACUGAAAGACAGGUAAAGGUCUGGUUCCAGAACCGACGGAUGAAGUGGAAACGAGUUAAAGGAGGACAACAGGGACCAGCGGCCAGGGAGAAAGAACUCAACCACGUGAAGAAGGGGACGUUACUGCCCUCUGAGUUCUCAGGAAUAGUGGGACUGUCGCCUCCUUCUGGCUCCCCCAGGCCUCUGCACGACUCCCCCAGAGCGGGUCUCCCUUCACCCAGGCCUGGUCUGCCCUCACCCAGAGGUGCUUAUGAUGAGGACAGUGGCGACAGUGAGCGCAGUUCUGAACAGGCACAACUAUGACCCUGCACAAAUGCAUGUUAGCGACUGAAGACUGGAAAUGGAUAAACUGUCUGUGUUGCAGAGGU